CAGGUCCUCUUUGUGCCACCAGCACCUCUCUCCCUCCUUCCCAACACCACCGUAGUUCUCUUCUACAGUCCUUUACACAGUGUAAAGCAGGAGGCAAAAUGGGAAAUGGAUGCAGUGGCAAGAAAUAGAAAGGCAAAUGAGCUAACAAGGAAUGGGUGGGUGACUCCUCUACAGAUAUAGAGGGCGGGAGUAGAGUAUGGGAGGGAGGAGGGGAAACACAAGUGGUAGAGAGCAGAAGGGGAGAGCAAAGUGAGCUCAGCCCAAGCUGUAGCAGAGGGCCAAAAGUUUGGUCCAGCCACAAGGGAAUGACCAGAGGGGAGAAAUGACUCUUUCAGUCCAGGGCAUGGGAGGAGAGGCAUGGGCCGAGAGGCAUGGGCCACCUGCUCAGGACUGAGGCACGGCCUUGGCCAAGUUCCUAGCUAGUGCAGUGCCUCGGGUUCUCCAAAGUGGGAAGGAGGUCAAGCUGUUAGGUCUUAUCAGAGAGAACUGGGCCCCCGGAGGUACCCAGGAGGCAGUACCAGGCAGGGAUACGAGGAGAGAGGUUCUGAUGGCGCAAAGACAGCCUCUGGCCAAGAAAAGCGGGCAGGGCGCUUCAGGUAGAGAAGAGGCCCGGAGCGCCAGGAACUGGAAGUCAGGACUGGGGCAGGGAGCUCAUCCAAGGGCUGGGAUCGGAGGCUGCCUGCAAGGAGUGGAAGGGGAGCGCCAGGCUGGGUGGGAGCGGCUUGAUGUGUGGAAGCAGAAGGCGGGCAUCCGGACUGAGGCCAAGGCAGGCGACCCCUGCCCACACGGGGAGCCCAGCGCCCCAACCUGGGGCAGCCCCUCCAUUUUGACCAGAAUGGAGCAGCCGAAAGGUGUUGAUUGGACAGUCAUCAUCCUGACAUGCCAGUACAAAGACAGUGUCCAGGUCUUUCAGAGAGAGCUGGAGGUACGGCAGAAGCGGGAGCAGAUCCCUGCUGGGACACUGUUACUGGCUGUGGAGGACCCUGAGACGCGUGUGGGCAGCGGAGGAGCCACCCUUAAUGCCCUGCUGGUAGCUGCUGAACACCUGAGUGCCCAGGCAGGCUUUACUGUGGUCACGUCUGACGUUCUGCAAUCAGCCUGGAUCCUCAUCCUGCACAUGGGCCGAGACUUUCCUUUCGAUGACUGUGGGCGAGCUUUUAUCUGCCUCCCUGUGGAGAAUCCCCAGGCCCCCGUGGAGGCUGUGGUCUGCAACCUGGACUGCUUACUGGACAUCAUGACCCACCGGCUGGGCCCAGGCUCCCCGCCAGGCGUGUGGGUCUGCAGCACCGACAUGCUGCUCUCUGUUCCUCCAAACCCAGGGAUCAGCUGGGACGGCUUCCGGGGAGCCAGAGUGAUCGCCCUUCCAGGGAGCUCGGCCUACGCUCGGAAUCACGGCAUCUACCUCAGUGACUCCCAGGGUUUCGUUUUGGACAUUUACUACCAGGGCACUGAGGCAGAAAUACAACGCUGUGCCAGGCCUGAUGGGAGGGUGCCACUGGUCUCUGGGAUUGUCUUCUUCUCUGUGGAGACUGCUGAGCGCCUCCUGGCCACCCACGUGAGCCCACCCCUGGAUGCCUGUACCUAUAUGGGCUUGGACUCUGGAGCCCGGCCUGUUCAGCUGUCUCUGUUUUUCGACAUCGUGCUCUCCAUGGCUCGGAAUGUGAGCAAGGAGGACUUCCUGGUGGGGCGGCCUCCAGAGAUGGGGCAAGGCGACGUGGGCAUAGCAGCCUAUCUCCAGGGUGCCCGGGCCGAGCUAUGGAGAGAGCUCCGUGAUCAGCCCCUCACCAUGGCUUAUGUUCCUGACGGCAGCUACAGCUACAUGACCUCCUUAGCCAGUGAGCUCCUGCACAGCCUCACGGUCCCCAGUACCCCCAGGGCCCAGACUGUGCACUCCCAGGUAGAGGAGCUAGAGCUCCUGGAGCCUGGGAGCUCUGUGGUCAGCUGCGUGCUGGAGGGUCCUGUUUGGCUGGGUCCUGGGAGUGUCCUGCAGCACUGCCACCUGCGGGGCCCCAUUCACAUCAGUACUGGCUGCUUCCUGAGUGGCCUGGACAUAGCCCAGUCGGAAGCACUGCAUGGCAUGGAGCUGCGUGACCUCAUCCUGCAGGGACACCACAUGCGGCUGCACGGCUCUCUGGGCCGGGUCUUCACCCUCACUGGCCGUCUGGACAAUUGGGAAAGACAGGGAACAGGCACAUAUCUCAACAUGCCUUGGAGUGAAUUCUUCCAGAAGACAGGCAUCCGAGAUUGGGACCUGUGGGACCCGGACACGCCUCCCACAGAGCGCUGCCUUCUCAGUGCCCGCCUCUUCCCUGUAUUCCACCCCUUGAGGGCCGUGGGGCCCUGUGACCUGCUGUGGAUGCUGGAUCCCAAACAGGAUGAGGGUGAGGCCCUGCGGGCCUGGCGAGCUGCCUGGCGUCUGUCCUGGGAGCAGCUGCAGCCGUGUCUGGACCGGGGUGCCACGCUGGCCUCCCGCCGGGACCUGUUCUUUCACCAGGCCCUGCAUAAAGCACGGCAUGUGCUGGAGGCACGGCAGGACCUCAGCCUGCACCCGCUGAUCCGGGCUGCUGUCCGUGAGGGCUGCCCUGGACCCCUGCUGACCACGCUGGACCAGGUUGCAGCUGGUGCAGGAGACCCUGGUGUAGCAGCGCGGGCGCUGGCCUGUGUGGCAGAUGUGCUGGGCUGCAUGGCAGGGGGUUGUGGAGGUCUGCGGAGCGGACCAGCUGCCAAUCCUGAGUGGACACGGUCCUUCUCCUACCUGGAACGUGGUGACCUGGCAGGGGGUGUGGAGGCGCUUGCCCAAGAGCGGGACAAGUGGCUGAGCAGGCCAGCCUUGCUGGUUCGAGCUGCCCGCCACUAUGAGGGAGCUGAGCAAAUUCUGAUCCGCCAGGCUGUGAUGUCGGCCCAGCAGUUUGUCUCUACAGAGCUGGUGGAGCUGCCAGCACAUGGGCAGUGGGUGGUGACUGAGUGCCCUGCCCGUGUGGACUUCUCUGGCGGCUGGAGUGACACACCACCCCUCGCCUAUGAGCUUGGUGGGGCAGUGCUGGGCCUGGCUGUGAGAGUGGACGGCCGUCGGCCCAUUGGGGCCAGAGCACGCCGCAUUCCUGAGCCAGAGCUGAGGCUGGCACUGGGGCCUCAGCCGGACGACAUGACUGUGAAGAUAGUUUGCCAGAGCCUGGACGACCUGCAGGAUUACUGCCAGCCCCACGCCCCAGGGGCCCUACUGAAGGCGGCUUUUAUCUGUGCGGGGACCAUCGAUGUCUGCUCCAAGAUCCCGCUGAGCGAGCAGUUGCUGCGCGCCUUUGGGGGUGGCUUCGAGCUGCACACCUGGUCUGAGCUGCCCCAUGGCUCUGGCCUCGGCACCAGCAGCAUCCUGGCGGGCACUGCCCUGGCUGCCUUGCAGCGGGCUGCUGGCCGGGCGGUGGGUACAGAGUCCCUGAUUCAUGCCGUGCUGCACCUGGAGCAGGUGCUCACCACAGGAGGUGGCUGGCAAGACCAAGUGGGUGGCCUGAUGCCUGGCAUCAAGAUGGGGCGCUCCCGGGCUCAGCUGCCCCUGAAGGUGGAGGUGGAGGAGAUCACUGUGCCUGAGGGCUUUGUCCAGAAGCUCAAUGACCACCUGCUCCUGGUGUACACGGGCAAGACCCGCCUGGCCCGAAACCUGCUGCAGGAUGUGCUGAGGAGCUGGUAUGCCCGGCUGCCUGCUGUGGUGCAGAAUGCCCACAGCCUGGUGCGGCAAACAGAAGAAUGUGCUGAAGCCUUCCGCCAAGGAAACCUGCCUCUCCUAGGCCAGUACCUGACCUCAUACUGGGCGCAGAAGAAGCUCAUGGCUCCAGGGUGUGAGCCCCUGGCAGUGCGGCGGAUGAUGGAUGUCCUCGCGCCUCACGUGCAUGGCCAGAGCCUGGCAGGUGCAGGUGGCGGGGGGUUUCUCUAUCUGUUGACUAAGGAGCCACGGCAAAAGGAGACUCUGGAGGCUGUGCUGGCAAAGACUGAGGGCCUCGGGAACUACAGCAUCCACUUGGUAGAAGUGGACACUCAGGGCCUGAGCCUGCAGCUGUUGGAGAGGGGAGCCUCAACAUGAUGAUCAGUCCCACGAGGCUUGUCUGCAAGAGGGGAAAACCUGUUGCUGCAGCGGCCCCUCCCUUCCCCCACGAGAGCUCACAGCCCUUUCCUCACCACCCAUCACUUUGCAAAUCGGCUUCCAAAGGAAGGCGACCUGAGUUAGACAGCCUUUCUGGAGAUUGGUGCAGCAAACAGUGCUUGGGAGCAGCACUGCGACCAGGCUGACAGUGGCCUAGGUUUGGCCUCUGUCCCAUCUGGACAUAGGAAAGUUCUAAGCUCAGUAUUCCAUGUGGCCUUUACAAAUCCCAUGGCCUAACUUGGGCCAUGGCCUUCUCACUUAGCAAAUGACUGGGGUCCUGUGAUAAGGCUUGCUCUAAAGAGGCCAUUUUUGAAGCAUUUUUAGAGUUCAGGCUUCUGCAUGAGUACAGACUUCAUGCUCAACACUCCCUCCCUAGGCUGACUUGCUGCAGUUUGCAAAGUCUCAGUCUAGCCAUAGAAUUAUUUGAAUUUGUUAGGAGGAGAGAAUAUUCAGGGGUUUAGACAGGGAAGGCAGGAAGGACUGGUGCCCUCUGGCUGAGACUGCAGAUUUGCCUGAAGACUUUGCAGAUACUUUUGGGACACCGCUCCUUUCAAAGCCUAUAGCAAGUAACAGGUGCCCAUAAUGGAGGUGACCCAGGACCUGGCAUGCCUUUGCCCUGAAGCCUCAGUGGUCCAUCCUCAGCUGCUCCCUCCCCUCUAUCAUCUGACUCCAGAUGUUCCUCCUCCUAGCUCUGGGCCUUGCUCCCUUCUUGUACUCCCAUGGGUCCAUGUCACUGCUUUCUCUCAUCCCCUGCUUGAGCUGGGGAGCAUAACUGCUGAGGCCCCAGCUUUCACUUUUGAUGGGGGGUGGGUGGGGAGUCCAUACCCAGGUCCGUGUCAAUGAGCCAGUGCAGUCUCGAAGCAAGCCACUGCCAACCCAGGUCUUAGCCAGUGACACUGUGGACUGUGCCAAGUCACCCAGUGCCUAUGGACAAUCGCUUCUCAAGACUCCAACCUUCUUGGAAUAAAUUCACCUUGCCCUUCAAGGUUGUCUUUUUUGAUCCUGCUGGGAGCAGUUCUCACUUUCCCCUGGCACUGAGGGAAACUGCCCCUGGAUGUUGUCGUGAGGAUCCAAGAGGGGGGAUAAAGGUCCAGGAUUGGGUGAGGGCUCCUGAUCUCACGUGGGUCCCCAGAGGUGGCCAUGCAUCUCUCUGGGUAUGGGAGGAGGCAGAUGUUUUAGGCUUUCGCCUUCACAUUCCAUGCAAGUGUGGACUCGCCUGCCUAGCAGCACUCAGGCCUCCCUGGGAAUAGCACACUGGCAUCUCUCAAAGGA